AUGGCCAAGUCCCUCUCGUCGCCAAAGUGGCGCCUCAAGCUCAAGUCUCUCUACAAGCUGCGGUCAAGCCUGAUAUCGCCUAUGAGCAUCAACAGCAGCGAACCAUCAACGCCAGAUUGUGAUUUUUUGACCCCCCUAGACAAUUACACCAGCGAUUACUUCACUCCUCUCACAGAUAGACAGGAGAAGAAGAUUGGCGACAUCACGCUACCGCUGCCUCCUCCCCCACCUCGACUUAAAUGGGAGUUGAUCGAGAAUGAGUCGUCGUUCUUGCUGGAAAAAGAGCCAUCGCCUGUUUCUUCAGGGCCCCGAGUGAAGCCCUAUUUUGCAACCGCAAACAACGCGAGACUGGGAUUGCAGGGUCACAAGGAGAUGUGCUUCAUUUGCGAGGAGCUGCUUGAAACCACUCUCUAUCUGGAAAAGUUGGUGCCUCUUCAGUGUGGAGACAUCCUCCACGAGGAGUGCUUGCGGACAGUGAUUAAUAUGGAGCUUACGAAGAAGCUUCAGGAUGGAGAAUUGCGCUCCUCGAGCUCCACAGACGAAAUGAUGAAUGCCGUGUACCCAAAGUGUCUGGGGGCCAUUUGCAAAUCAAAGCACGAAUAUCCUCGAGCAGUUCCAGUACAUGAGACAGUCCUCAACGACUUGAAUAACGACCUUGUUCUUUCAAUGAAACUCGCUCAUUAUGAGGCUCCCAAAACGUUGGACCCUAAUCAGAACCCCGCAAGCGUCUCCAUACUCAACGCAGAGCCUGAAAAGGCGUUGCCGUGGCCUCCAUCUCGUACAUCCUCCACAAAAGUGGUGAAAACCUCUACGACGCCUUUGAGGAACACUACCACCACCCAAAAGUCUUUGCACAGAUCGUCUCUCGUCUCCAACACCAGUGUGGGCACCUGUGCUACUGUCUCGGUGAGAGUAAACGAACACAGCAAUAUAGAUCCUGGGGAGCUUAAGCUGGCCUUUAUAAAGCAUAUGAUCAGCCAUGCGCCCGAGUUCGAUCUUUCUUUUCUUGUGUCGUUGGGACGGUUGAGGCUUGUGGAUGAGCUUUCGGUCAGCGUAGCUAGAAGCGGGCCUUUUAGAACAAAGAACGUUUACCUAUUCUCUAACUAUUUGGUCGUUUGGUCGGCAUGUGACGAUCCAAGCUUCCUCAUGGUGCCAUUGCAUGAGGAAGUGAUGAUCAGCACACCCAUUCCGUCUGUUCUCCAGGUAAUCAGCUCAGGUGAGGAAGGAGAGUUCAACAUCAGGCUCCAUUCGGAUACGAACUCCAUUAUUGAAAAAUGGUGUAUCGCUAUAGCCGACAGGCAGAUGACAUUUCCGUCCAACAUCUUCUCUUCUACAAUGAGGCUUCCAGAGAUUGUUGCUGCCACUGCUGCCGCAGUUAAUCUGAAGACCAAAAUAUCGCCAAUUCUAGAAUCAGUUUCCGAUUUUGCGCCUUCUGUCCCAGAAAGGAGCCCCAAGCGAAGCUACCAGGGACUCGCUGUCUAUACUGACGACAUCCCUGGCAGUGAUAUCUCUAGGCCCACCAGCCCACUACGAUUGCGCAAGGACGACAGUUCGUCUAGCGAAAGGAGCAUUGAAACUGAUAUUACUGACGAGCUCUUCGUGGACGACAAAUCUGUCGCUUCUGCAUUGGAUGCUUUGUCAAGAACGAUGGAACUUCGGGAUACCUCCUCCCAAUAUGACUCGGAAGACGAUUCGGACGAAGACCUGGACUGUGAAGUCAUUGAGAAAGUGAUGAAUUCUUUGAAUAGCUAG